AUGGAACAAGGAGAAGGAAAAAGACUUACCUCAAACCCAGUGGAACAAAGAGAAAGAAAAAUACAAACUUUAAAUCCAGUCGAACAAGGAGUCAGGAAAAGACUUACCUCAAACCCUGUGGAACAAGAAGCCAUGAAAAGACUUACCUCAAACCAAUUGGAACAAGGAGUCAGGAAAAGACUUACCUCAAAUCCAGUGGAACAAGGAGAAGGAAAGAGACUUACCUCAAACCCAGCGGAACAAGGAGUCAGGAAAAGACUUACCUCAAACCCUGUGGAACAAGAAGCCAUGCUAAGACGACAUACCUCAAACCCAGUGGAACAAGGAGUCAGGAAAAGACGACAUACCUCAAACCCAGUGGAACAAGGAGAAACAUUGGAAAUAUUGCCAGAAUAUACUUCUAAGGAGUUCCCGGUAGAGGAGGAAAGCAAGAGUUACCGGAGAAAGGGAGGAAAGCAUGAAUUCACUGAGAAAAGGAGGAGAAAUGAGUUCCCAGGGAAGAGGGGGGAGCAAGAGUUCCCAUGGAAGAGGGGGAAGCAAGAGUUCCCAUGGAAGAGGGGGAAGCAAGAGUUCCCAUGGAAGAGGGGGGAGCAAGAGUUCCCAUGGAAGAGGGGGAAGCAAGAGUUCCCAGGGAAGAGGGGGGAGCAAGAGUUCCCAGGGAAGAGGGGGGAGCAAGAGUUCCCAGGGAAGAGGGGGAAGCUAGAGUUCCCAGGGAAGAGGAGGGAGCAAGAGUUCCCAGGGAAGAGGGGGGAGCAAGAGUUCCCAGGGAAGAGGGGGGAGCAAGAGUUCCCAGGGAAGAGGGGGGAGCAAGAGUUCCCAGGGAAGAGGGGGCAGCAAGAGUUCCCAUGGAAGAGGGGGGAGCAACAAGAGUUCCCAUGGAAGAGGGGGGAGCAAGAGUUCCCAUGGAAGAGGGGGGAGCAAGAGUUCCCAGGGAAGAGGGGGGAGCAAGAGUUCCCAGGGAAGAGGGGGGAGCAAGAGUUCCCAGGGAAGAGGGGGGAGCAAGAGUUCCCAGGGAAGAGGGGGGAGCAAGAGUUCCCAUGGAAGAGGGGGGAGCAAGAGUUCCCAUGGAAGAGGGGGGAGCAAGAGUUCCCAUGGAAGAGGGGGAAGCAAGAGUUCCCAUGUAAGAGGGGGGAGCAAGAGUUCCCAGGGAAGAGGGGGGAGCAAGAGUUCCCAGGGAAGAGGGGGAAGCUAAAGUUCCCGGAGAAAAUGAGGAAAGAAGGAGUUGCCAGACAAAAGGAGGAAAGAGAGAAUUCCCGAUGA